AUGGACUGGUUUCACUGCAACCAGUGUUUUACGAGAUCAGCGUCAAAGUAUGCCGUUUCCAGCUGUGGUCACAUCUGCUGUGAAAAAUGCAUUACUUCCCAGAAGUGUGGCGUGUGCAGGUCCAUGUGCAGUUUUCUUCCCAUUACAGAUGAAAUGAAACCACAAGAAAAAGUAUUUUUCAAGGACCCUGUCAAACUUAUCCAAUCACGGCAAGAGAACAUAUUCCAGAUAGCGUAUUUUCAAAAAAAACAAAUGGAGAGAGUAACAGCACACUUCAAACACAAAUCUGCUGAGCUUGAGAUGCGUCUAAAGGAAGUCACUGAGCACUGUUACAGACAACUCACUGACCUCAAAAGAGAAAAUUCUCUCCUCAAGAAGCAACUUUCUGAAUUGCAGAAGGAAACGUUAGAAUUGAAAAAGCCACUUUCACAAAGAAGGGUUUCCCCUGGACAGUUUCAAACAGAUGGUAAUCAAAGGAUGUCUCUUCCUGUCGCUGUUACAUCCCCUGUGACUCCCAGGUUAAGAACUAUGAGUCAAAUAAGUUCUGAAUCACAGGGAUGGGCCAGAGAGAGAGGUGUAAGUAUUCCAACUCCUGGAUCUACAACAUCCAUCUCCAGUCACAGCUCUCUUCAAGACCACGGACACAGAACCCCAACAUCUUUCAGCACUCCUCUAAGAACUCUGGGUCAGACGCCUCAAGUUUUUCAAUUCCAGUUUUUAGGCGGAUUAUCAGCACAGUCACCUAGACACUGA